AUGCUGCUGGGUCGGGUCACCUCCACCCCCUUCUCCGUCAAGGACAUCCUGCGGCUGAAACGCGAGCAGAGCGGCCCCGCGGCUUCGCCACACCGUGGGGUGCGGAGGAGCCCGGAAAACUCUCCGUACCUGCGAAUGGACUCGGAGCCGCGAGGGUCAGAGAUUCACAACGCCGGUGGCCACGGAAGACAAGACCGAUCGGAGCCACGCGGGGGUUCCUGUGAGGCGGUGGUGGAGAUGGAUGCGGAAAGGGUGGGGGAGCCACAGCUUGGCCUGAGCGCGGCCUCGCCCCUCGGCGGCAGGACCAGGGUGCCGGAGCGCGGUGUUGGCGACAGCGGCGACGGCGUGCGCGGUGGCGGCCCGGAGCAGCCCAAGGCGCGGCAGCGGCGGAAGCCGCGCGUGCUCUUCUCGCAGGCGCAGGUGCUGGCCCUGGAGCGGCGCUUCAAGCAGCAGCGGUACCUGUCGGCACCCGAGCGCGAGCACCUGGCCAGCGCGCUGCAGCUCACGUCCACGCAGGUCAAGAUCUGGUUCCAGAACCGGCGCUACAAGUGCAAGAGGCAGCGCCAGGACAAGUCGCUGGAACUGGCCGGCCACCCUCUAGCGCCGCGCCGGGUGGCGGUGCCCGUGCUGGUGCGCGACGGCAAGCCCUGCCUGGGCCCCAGCGCGUCCGCCUUCCCCGGCCCCUACAGCGCCCCCGCAUCGCCCUAUUCCUGCUGCGGCGGCUACACCGGUGCCCCCUACGGCGCAGGCUACGGCGGCGGCUACGCCAGCGCGCCCUCGGGCCCCGCGGCACCCACACCACUGGCCAGUGCGGGCCUUGGCCCCGGCGGCCCCAACGCCACCCCACAGGGCCACCUGGCCGCCACGCUGCAGGGCGUCAGGGCCUGGUGA